AUGCUCCCUACACCCUCCACCUCGCAUGUAUGUUUCGACACCAUCUACGAACCGGCAGAAGACAGCUAUCUGUUACUUGAUACCCUUUCUUCAUCCACGGAAUCAACCUGGCUCUCUAGAAGAUUCGGCACUUCACAGACUGAGUGCCAAACUCCCUCUCCGCCACCUCUCGUGGCUGAACUUGGGACAGGAUCCGGCGUGGUACUCGCAUUCGCAGCUGCAAAUGCUGAACAUAUCUUUGGACGCCCAGAUAUACUGACGCUGGGAAUUGAUGCAAAUAAAAAUGCAUGCACUGCGACGGAGAAAACGGUCCAUAUUGCGCUCGAGGAGAAACGCCAGCAGCAGCUGGAAUCUCCCUGCCAGGCCUUCACCGCGGACGGUGGAUCACAGCCUCAGAUGCUUGCAGCGAUAACAGGGGAUCUCAGCUCUGCCGUGCGUUCUGGAGUUAUUGAUGUUUUAAUCUUCAAUCCUCCCUACGUGCCUACUCCAGAGCUACCAGCGCUGCCAUCAGUACGUUCAAAUACAGAGGGUGCUGUUGGCACUUCCAAAUUUGAAGAAGAUUCAUAUCUACUCUCACUAUCUUAUGCCGGUGGAGAAGAUGGAAUGGAAACUACAAAUCGUCUGCUGGAUGAUAUACCACAUAUAUUAAGCCCUGACCGUGGAGUUGCAUACAUUUUAUUAUGCGCCCAGAAUAAACCACAUGAAGUGAUACAACGGGUGAAGUCCUGGGCCGCAGACUGGAACGCAGAAAUAGUCGGCCGGAGCGGCGUGCAAGCGGGCUGGGAGAAACUUGUCAUUGUAAGGAUAUGGAGGGAAGCCGCCCUUUGA